UCUGUUGAUUUGAAGUGCUGUGGUCGUCUGCUAGAGAGCAAAUUACAUUUCCGUUCUUUGACUUUCACAUUGUUGAUCCUGAGCUCCUGAAAAACAACAGAACGAAAAUUCAGAAUCUGACAGAGAAAACAUUAUUUUCAGCAUCUACUUUUCACUAGACCCAUUAGAUCAUCUGGGGGAUUUGACUGAAUCAAGAUGCUGCUGAUCAUUGAAGCUCUUCUUCUUAUUUUAGCUGCUCUAGGACAGGAUCACACAGCUGCUGUUGAAGGACUGAAAUUGGAUAUGGCACUGAAUUCAGUUGAUGAUCAAUAUAAGGGCUGUACAGGGAAAAUGGCAAAGCUGGUGAAGACAAAAUAUCUGAAGAAUGAAUUGGAUAACACUGAUGAUUUUAAAAAGGUCUGGGAAAUAGGUAAAAAGAAAGUCACUCGUAAUUGGUUUUUCAGUAAAUUAAAAACAGAACAUAAAAUUGCUAUCUAUGUGUACACUUACACCCAGAUGAACCCAAAUUUAAAAAUAUAUGAUAAGUUCAAUAAUGACACUCGUUAUGGCAAAGAAAACUACACAACCAUGAAAUACAAAUGGUAUUCACUUCAGUUUCUGUUGACAGACGCAAUCCAUAUUUUGAAGAAAAAACAAAAUAGAUGCUUUGAUACUUUUCGUGGUACAAAGUUUACAUUUGAAAAGGAUGUUCUGAACAAAGAGAUUCGUUUUGGCUCGUUUACAUCCUCCUCUCUCGAUCGUACAGUUGCAGAGGGUUUUGGAACUAAAUCUUGUUUUGAAAUCCACACUUGUGAAGGUGCUGAUAUUACAAAAUAUUCUAAGCUUCCUCAUGAGAAAGAGGUGCUGAUUCCUCCAUAUGAGAUGUUCAAAGUUACUGCUAUCAGGAUAAAAGCAGAUCAGAAACAUCGCGGGUGUGAGACUGUGUUUGUGUUGAAGAGCACUGGAAUAAGAAGUGACUUGAACUGUGCUCUGUUCAAGAAACCAAAACCAUAACAAAAUACUGAGGUGUGUGCUGAACAAAGGGGUUUCAAUUUGCAUGAUAUAGUCACGUACAUUAGUUCAGGAAAAAUAAAAAUAUCUGGUGUGUCAGUGUUUACUUUGAAAGAUUUUGGAAAAGUAAGUUCUGCAUCCAACAGUGGAAAACAAAGCACUUUUUAAAAAUGUUGUACCAAUUUCAUUAGUGCUUAAGCUUUUUUUUUUUCAGAUUAAACUUCUGUCAACCAAUUAAAAAUCUCUUUUUUUUUGUGUCAUUAUUCUCUUUCAUAAGAUUUUGCGAUUACUUGUUAUGUUAUCAUGGGAGCAUAAAUCAACCAACUGGGAACUUGUAUUUGUAUUUUUUCAUUUUUGUAAUUUUUUUUUUCUGUAAAAGUAAAAUAAAUGAUACAUAAGAUUAAUUGUGAGAAACACACACAAACACACACCUGCAAAUUGGAAAUCCUUUAUUUCAAUAGUCCACUUUAGAUAUUCUACUAGAUUACGCCAUCUUGUAAUUCCGAUGAAAACGUGAUAUUCUAUAUCUGAAUUAUAUUGGCGUGAAUGCACAAAUCUGUACCUAAAUCUUCUGUUCCAGAUUCAUACACAUUAUUAUUUAUUUUAAGUUUUUAUUUUAUUUUAUUUUAUUAUUUAUAUUAUUUUAUAAGUUUUAGUUUUCUCUGUUCUCAUGUCAGAUAUGUAUGUAUGUAUGUAUGUAUGUAUGCAUGUAUGUACCAGGAGCACCUUAAAAAAAACAACAACAAAUUCCUUGUGUGUUUGCGCACACUUGGCGAAUAAAGCUAAUUCUGAUCUUA